UUCCAGUCAACAGAUUUCUUGGAUAAUAAUCGUUUCAAAUUACUCUUCAAAAUCUCACUUGAUGAUAUCGAAAUAAGUAAAGAUUCACUUUCACUUCUACAGACCACUGAAUUGAAACUUCAAAUAGCACAAGAAGACGUGAAUAUUCUCAACAAAAUGAUCGAACUCUCAAAAUUGCUCAAAAAUGAGCAUAAUUCAUUAAUAACAAUGUUAGACAAUAUGCGUACAGAACGAAUGCAAGAGCUACGCAAAUUCCAAGAGCAGUUGACAUCAGAUCCUGAACUGACCACUGUUUACCUUCAAGUUACAACGAUCAACGGUAUCGAAUCGGUAACAAUUCAUUUCUCGAACGCAGACAAACGUGCGUUAUGGGAAAAUGCUCUGAUGGAGGCAAAGAAUGCUUUGAUGAAUUCAUUACAAAAUGAUCAAGCACCGAGCCAUCUAAGAUCAAUUGUCACGCAUCGAACAAGACCUGGUCUAACAUUUUCGGUAGCAACUGCAACACUUGGUAAGAGCAUUGAAGGUGGUGCGCCGAAUGUGUGGGUUUGUACGGCUGAUAAGUUCUCAGGACAAAUCGCCGUCGUGAAUGUGAACGGCGAACCAACAAUCGAGAGCAGCACCGGCAUCGGGAAUGCUUCAAUUGUUGCCAUUUGUGCCGUGCCUUCGCCCAGGUCUCUUCUUUUGUUCGACAUUUCAGUUGUUUGA